AUAACCCACAACCAUGAGUUCAGACCAGGAAAUGGCUAUUUUUGGGGAGGCUGCUCCUUACCUCCGAAAGUCUGAAAAGGAGCGAAUUGAGGCCCAGAACAAGCCUUUUGAUGCCAAGACAUCAGUCUUUGUGGUGGACCCUAAGGAGUCCUUUGUGAAAGCAACAGUGCAGAGCAGGGAAGGAGGGAAGGUGACAGCCAAGACUGAAGCUGGAGCUACAGUAACUGUGAAAGAAGACCAAGUCUUCCCCAUGAACCCUCCCAAAUAUGACAAGAUCGAGGACAUGGCCAUGAUGACACACCUGCAUGAGCCUGCCGUGCUGUACAACCUCAAAGAGCGUUACGCAGCCUGGAUGAUCUAUACCUACUCGGGCCUCUUCUGUGUCACUGUCAACCCCUACAAGUGGUUGCCAGUGUACAACACCGAGGUGGUGACGGCCUACAGAGGCAAAAAGCGCCAGGAGGCCCCGCCCCACAUCUUCUCCAUCUCUGACAACGCCUAUCAGUUCAUGCUGACUGAUCGGGAGAAUCAGUCUAAUCUUCUGGAGAAGUCUAGAGUUACUUUCCAGCUAAAGGCAGAAAGAAGCUACCAUAUUUUUUAUCAGAUCAUGUCUAACAAGAAGCCAGAACUAAUUGAAAUGCUCCUGAUCACCACCAACCCAUAUGACUAUGCCUAUGUCAGCCAAGGGGAGAUCACAGUCCCUAGCAUUGAUGACCAAGAAGAGUUGAUGGCCACAGAUAGCGCCAUUGAAAUCCUGGGCUUCACUUCUGAUGAAAGAGUGUCCAUCUAUAAGCUCACAGGGGCAGUAAUGCACUAUGGGAACAUGAAAUUCAAGCAAAAGCAGCGUGAGGAGCAAGCGGAGCCAGAUGGCACUGAAGUUGCUGAUAAGGCUGCCUAUCUUCAGGGUCUGAACUCUGCUGACCUGCUCAAAGCCAUGUGCUACCCCAGGGUCAAGGUUGGCAAUGAGUUCGUCACCAAAGGCCAGACUGUAGAGCAGGUGUACAAUGCCGUGGGUGCUCUGGCUAAAGCCGUCUAUGAUAAGAUGUUCCUGUGGAUGGUCGCCCGCAUCAACCAGCAGCUGGACACCAAGCAGCCCAGACAGUACUUCAUCGGAGUCUUGGACAUCGCUGGCUUUGAGAUCUUUGACCCUAUGGGCAUCUUCUCCAUCCUGGAAGAGGAGUGCAUGUUCCCCAAGGCCACAGACACCUCCUUCAAGAACAAGCUGUAUGAACAGCAUCUUGGCAAGUCCGCCAAUUUCCAGAAGCCCAAACCUGCCAAAGGCAAGGUUGAGGCUCACUUCUCGCUGGUGCACUACGCUGGCACCGUGGACUACAACAUUACUGGCUGGCUUGACAAGAACAAGGACCCCCUGAACGAGACCGUGGUUGGCCUGUACCAGAAAUCUGCAAUGAAGACUCUGGCUUUCCUUUUCACUGGGGCACAAGCUGGAGAAGAAAGUGGUGGUGGAAAGAAAGGUAGCAAGAAGAAGGGUUCUUCUUUCCAGACAGUGUCAGCUCUUUUCAGGGAGAAUUUAAAUAAGCUGAUGACCAACUUGAGGAGCACUCAUCCCCACUUUGUACGUUGCAUCAUCCCCAAUGAAACUAAAACUCCUGGUGCCAUGGAGCAUGAACUUGUCCUGCACCAGCUGAGGUGUAAUGGUGUGCUGGAAGGCAUCCGCAUCUGUAGGAAGGGAUUCCCAAGCAGAAUCCUUUACGCAGACUUCAAACAGAGAUACAAGAUUCUAAAUGCGAGUGCUAUCCCAGAAGGUCAGUUCAUUGACAGCAAGAAGGCUUCUGAGAAACUUCUAGGGUCUAUUGACAUUGACCAUACACAGUACAAAUUUGGUCAUACCAAGGUUUUCUUUAAAGCUGGACUGUUGGGAACUCUAGAGGAGAUGCGAGAUGAAAAGCUGGCUCAACUCAUCACACGCACUCAAGCGGUGUGCAGAGGGUACCUGAUGAGGGUGGAGUUCAAGAAGAUGAUGGAGAGGAGAGAGUCCAUCUUCUGCAUCCAGUACAAUGUUCGUGCCUUCAUGAACGUCAAGCACUGGCCCUGGAUGAAACUGUAUUUCAAGAUCAAGCCCCUCCUCAAGAGUGCAGAGACUGAGAAGGAGAUGGCCACCAUGAAGGAAGAAUUUGAGAAGACCAAAGAAGAGCUGGCUAAGUCAGAGGCAAAAAGGAAAGAACUUGAAGAGAAAAUGGUAGCUCUGAUGCAAGAGAAAAAUGACUUACAGCUCCAAGUUCAAUCUGAAGCAGAUGGCUUAGCUGAUGCAGAGGAAAGAUGUGACCAGUUGAUUAAAACCAAAAUCCAGCUGGAGGCCAAAAUCAAGGAGGUGACUGAGAGAGCUGAGGAUGAAGAAGAGAUCAAUGCUGAGCUGACAGCCAAGAAGAGGAAACUGGAGGAUGAAUGUUCAGAGCUCAAGAAAGACAUUGAUGAUCUUGAGCUGACACUGGCCAAGGUUGAAAAGGAAAAGCAUGCCACAGAGAACAAGGUGAAAAACCUCACAGAGGAGAUGGCAGGCCUGGAUGAAAACAUUGCAAAGCUGACCAAGGAGAAGAAGGCCCUCCAAGAGGCCCACCAGCAAACCCUAGAUGACCUGCAGGCAGAAGAGGACAAAGUCAACACCCUGACCAAAGCUAAAACCAAGCUAGAGCAGCAAGUGGAUGAUCUUGAAGGAUCUCUGGAACAAGAAAAGAAACUUCGCAUGGACUUAGAAAGAGCCAAGAGAAAACUGGAGGGUGACCUAAAAUUGGCCCAAGAAUCCACAAUGGACGUAGAAAAUGACAAACAGCAACUUGAUGAGAAACUCAAAAAGAAGGAGUUUGAACUGAGCAAUCUGCAAAGCAAGACUGAAGAUGAACAGGCCCUUGCACUGCAGCUGCAGAAGAAGAUCAAGGAGUUACAGGCCCGCAUCGAGGAGCUGGAGGAGGAAAUCGAGGCAGAGCGGGCCUCCCGGGCCAAAGCAGAGAAGCAGCGCACUGAUCUCUCCCAGGAACUGGAGGAGAUCAGCGAGCGCCUGGAAGAAGCUGGUGGGGCGACUUCAGCCCAGAUUGAGAUGAACAAGAAGAGGGAGGCUGAGUUCCAGAAAAUGCGCAAGGACCUGGAGGAGGCCACCCUGCAGCACGAAGCCACAGCGGCUGCUCUUCGGAAGAAGCACGCGGACAGUGUGGCUGAACUUGGGGAGCAAAUAGACAACCUGCAAAGGGUCAAGCAGAAACUGGAGAAGGAGAAGAGCGAGCUGAAAAUGGAGAUCGAUGACCUUGCUAGUAACAUGGAGACUGUCUCCAAAGCCAAGGGAAACCUCGAGAAAAUGUGCCGCACAUUAGAGGACCAGCUUAGUGAAGUGAAGACAAAGGCAGAAGAGCAACAACGCUUAAUCAAUGAAUUGUCAGCCCAGAAGGCACGUUUACACACAGAAUCAGGUGAAUUUUCACGACAGCUAGAUGAGAAAGAAGCUCUGGUUUCUCAGCUAUCCCGAGGCAAACAAGCAUUUACACAACAGAUUGAGGAAUUAAAGAGGCAGCUAGAAGAGGAGUCUAAGGCCAAGACCGCCCUGGCUCACGCCCUGCAGUCAGCCCGCCAUGACUGUGACCUGCUGCGGGAACAGUAUGAAGAGGAGCAGGAAGCCAAGGCCGAGCUGCAGAGGUCAAUGUCCAAGGCUAACAGUGAGGUUGCCCAGUGGAGGACCAAAUACGAGACGGAUGCCAUUCAGCGCACAGAGGAGCUGGAGGAGGCUAAGAAAAAGCUGGCCCAGCGUCUGCAGGAUGCUGAGGAACACAUGGAAGCAGUGAAUUCCAAAUGUGCUUCUCUAGAAAAGACAAAGCAGCGGCUCCAGAAUGAAGUGGAGGACCUCAUGGUUGAUGUGGAGAGAUCGAAUGCAGCCUGUGCAGCCCUCGAUAAGAAGCAAAGGAACUUUGACAAGGUCCUAUCAGAAUGGAAACAGAAAAAUGAAGAAACUCAGGCUGAACUUGAGGCCUCCCAGAAGGAGUCCCGUUCUCUCAGCACUGAGCUAUUCAAGGUGAAGAAUGCCCACGAGGAAUCCCUGGACCAACUUGAAACACUAAAGCGAGAGAAUAAGAACUUACAGCAGGAGAUUUCUGACCUGACUGAGCAAAUUGCAGAGGGAGGAAAGCACAUCCACGAAUUGGAGAAAGUAAAGAAACAAAUAGAUCAAGAGAAGAGUGAACUACAGGCUGCCCUAGAGGAAGCAGAGGCAUCUCUUGAGCAUGAAGAAGGCAAAAUCCUUCGCAUUCAACUUGAGUUAAAUCAGGUGAAAUCUGAGAUUGACCGGAAAAUUGCUGAAAAAGAUGAAGAAAUCGAUCAGCUAAAGAGAAACCAUCUCAGAGUGGUGGAGUCGAUGCAGAGCACCCUAGAUGCUGAGAUCAGAAGCAGAAAUGAUGCCCUGAGGAUCAAGAAGAAGAUGGAGGGAGACCUUAAUGAAAUGGAAAUGCAGCUGAACCACGCCAACCGCCAGGCUACUGAGGCAAUAAAGAAUCUUAGAAACACACAAGGAAUACUGAAGGACACUCAGCUACACUUGGAUGAUGCCAUAAGAGGCCAAGACGACCUUAAAGAACAGCUGGCAAUGGUUGAGCGCAGAGCUAACCUGCUGCAGGCUGAGAUUGAAGAGCUAAGGGCAUCCCUGGAACAGACUGAGAGGAGCAGGAGAGUGGCAGAGCAAGAACUUCUGGAUGCUAGUGAGCGUGUGCAACUCUUGCACACCCAGAACACCAGCCUGAUCAACACCAAGAAGAAGCUGGAGACAGACAUAUCCCAACUGCAGGGAGAGAUGGAGGACAUUGUCCAAGAAGCUCGCAAUGCGGAAGAGAAGGCCAAGAAGGCCAUCACUGAUGCCGCCAUGAUGGCUGAGGAGCUGAAGAAGGAGCAGGACACCAGCGCCCACCUGGAGCGGAUGAAGAAGAACCUGGAGCAGACGGUGAAGGACCUGCAGCACCGUCUGGACGAGGCUGAGCAGCUGGCCCUGAAGAGCGGGAAGAAGCAGAUCCAGAAACUGGAGGCCAGGGUGAGGGAGCUUGAAAAUGAGGUCGAAAGUGAACAGAAGCGCAAUGUUGAAGCUGUCAAGGGUCUUCGCAAACAUGAGAGAAGAGUAAAGGAACUCACUUACCAGACUGAGGAGGACCGGAAGAAUGUUCUCAGGCUGCAGGACUUGGUGGACAAAUUACAAACCAAAGUUAAAGCUUACAAGAGACAAGCUGAAGAGGCUGAGGAACAAUCCAAUGUCAACCUCUCCAAAUUCCGCAAGCUCCAGCACGAGCUGGAGGAGGCCGAGGAACGGGCUGACAUUGCCGAGUCCCAGGUCAACAAGCUGCGGGUGAAGAGCCGGGAGGUUCACACAAAAGUCCUAAUUGAAGAGUAAUUCAUUUCUAAUGCU